AAACCUCAUACCUCCUUAGCCAAUACUUUCUGUUUUCCGAUAUUUUAUUUCAUUAUCUUGCAAGACAAAGAACAUGGAAGAACAUCUGGGUUCAAUAUUCAAUUAUCAAGAAAGCUCUGAUCAAUUGAGGCAGAAGCUCAUAGACACAAUGCUUGAACUCGAGAACACAAGGAAUAUGAAAACUGAUUUACUCAACCUUCUUGAAAUGGCUUAUAGAGAAAGAGAUCAAGCAAGAGAACAACUUCAAAUUCUAGUGAAAAAAUUGGUCCCUUCAACCUCAAACAAGUUUUAUGAACCCCAACAUGACAACAACAACAACCUUGUAAUGUUUCAAACAACAAAAGCAAACUCAAGCAUAACAGAAUCCAAUAGUCCAUCACACGUGUCAUCUCCAGUUGAUUCUCUUAUUGAAGCAGUUUCUUCUCCUGAGUUUUCAAAUAUUGGUGUUGAUUCACAUAACAUGUGUUUUUACAAAAAGAAUUUGGGUCAUGACUUCAAUGGGUCACUUAAUAAAUGUGAGGUUGAUAUUGCAAGUGGUGUGAUUGAUUUACUAGCAAAAGGAAAAGUUUUGCCACAAAAGGGUAAACUUCUUGAAGCUGUAAUCAAUGCUGGGCCUUUACUUCAAAAUCUUGUUCUUUCUGGGCCACUUCCUACAUGGAAAAAUCCACCUCCUUUGAGUUCCAUAAAAAUUCCACCUUUUGGCAUCAAAGAAAUUGAUGAGCUCAAUUCAUUUCAGAAUUCAACAAUUCAAUGUUCUCACUCUUCUGGGUCAACGCCAAUUCUCAAUAUCGCAAGUGUCACACCUAGCUCAUGCCACAACAAUACAUGGGAGUUAACUUCAAAUUCUUGUCUCAAGAAACAAAAGCUUCAAUACUUUUGAUUAAAUUUCUUUCACAUUCAUUGCCCUUUUUUAUGUAAAGGGAGUUACAACCAUUGGUGUAAAUGGCAUUAAAAAACCCUUUUUGGUUUAGUUUUAGUUGAGAAAAACUUAUAGCUAUUGAAUAUUUUAAUUUUGAGGUUGGUGUUGUUCCUUUUUAGUAC